GCACCGCACACUCGCCUCUCUCCCGCAGCAUUUCACCUGCACCUGCCUCAUGCAGACGACACUCCCCCACGACUCGACCUGAUCCACCAUGGGCUGGGACACACUCGGCCGGCAGGGCAUCGAUCUCGCGUCCGUCGCGGCCUCCGCGACGUUCUCGGCGCUCAGGGUCGGCACGCGCCUGGGAUUCGCGGCGACGCGGGGCGUGGCGUCGGCCGCGGUCAACGCGAGCGCGUCCGUCGUGGACUACACCCUCUUCGGCGGCCUGCCUGUCGCGCGGCCCGUCGGCGGCGGCGUCGUCUCGACGAUCCUUGGGCUUGCCGAGCAGGUGGCCUUAGCGGUGAGCCCCGUCCUGCCAUCCACCACACGAGCGCGCGAUCCUGAACGAAUGUCUCUUUUCCCCCCCCCCCCUCCCCGAAAGCCAAUCUUCAUCAGCGAGUACAUCACCAGCGCGUCCCUGCUCGCGGCGCACGGCUCGAUCAACGUCCUGACGCACAUCAUCCCCGGGAGCAGCGAGGCGUCCUUCUCGCUCGCGUCGUUCCUCACGCUCGUCCGCCGCGAGCUCGCCGCGCCCGCGGCGGCGGACUGCCUCCCGGCGGGCUACGCGCGGUUCGGGUUCGCGCAGAUCGCGCGUGCGAUGGUCGCGUGGGCGGCACUGCAGGGCGCCACGCGGGAGUGGGACGAGGCGCGGUGGCUCGAGAACGUGCGCGAGAUGCAUGUGAAGGAUUCAGUAUCGCGAGGCGUGGAGCGCACGCGUCGCGGAUCGCGGAUCCGCGUCACGUCGGACGUCGUCUUUUCGGGCAACAGAGGACAGCUGCUGGCUGCGGAUAUCGGCGAAGCACGGGCCCAAUCUUUCUUCGCAUCUGGGCGUACAUCCACUACCAAACGGCCCUUCGUCCCCAAUACUGAGCUGAAAUCGACACUACGGCGAUUGUCUAAACUCGUACUCGCUGGCUACGGCGGAGCCAGUCUGCUCUUCUUCGGUGUCUCCUUGAGCGGUCCAACGACGUCGACAGCCUCUGAGGAGGCCAACCUCGCUCAAGCCAUCGACGCAUCGGAGGCCGAGGCGGUGGGUGGUGAUUCCGCAGCGGUCGAUGCGAAGCCGCAGUAUUCAUGGUGGGAUGUGCUGCUGGGUAAACACGACCACGAGAUUUUUGAGCGAUAUGCCAACACCUCGGCCGAGACGGUACGCGCCACGGCGAAGAUCGGGACUGAGCAUCUUAUGCCGAGGUACUGGGUUCUCACCGACCACAGCAGAGGUCAGAUCGUGCUUGUUUUGCGAGGCACGAUGUCGCUCAACGAGAUCGCGGUCGAUUUGACCUGCGAGGAGGAGCCGUUUGUGGUUGCGACGACCGGUGUGGUCGAGGACGAUCCUGUCCCGGGCCAAUUCGCGUUCCCGCGCCGGUCCGACUCAACGUCUCAUCACGCCCACGGCGGGAUGCUGCGGAUGGCACAAGCGAUGGGGGGAAUCGGAAAGCCGGUGCAGCUCGCUGUCCACGAAGCGCUCUAUCACAAUCCCGGAUACGAGCUGGUUCUGUGCGGACACAGUCUCGGCGCGGGCGUGGCCGGGCUGCUAGGCCUGAUGUGGGCGGACCCGCAGACGUGCCUGACGGUGCACUCGAGCGGGCUGCCCGUCGGCCGGCGCGUCUCCGUGUUCUGCUUCGCGCCGCCGUCUCUGGUGGACGCGGCGCUGGGCAAGCGGGCCGAGCACCUGAUCACGUCUUUCGUGUACUCGCACGACAUCGUCGCGCGGCUGUCGCUCGGCGCCGUGCGAGAUCUGGCUGCCGCUGCGAUGUGGCUUUGCGAGGGGGACGGGCAGGGAGACGCGGACGCGGCUUCGGGGUCCGCGGCCGUGACUGAGAAAGCAAAGCGUUGGAAGGCGGGGGACGGCGGUGACAUGAAUUGGUUCAUCUCGGUCCGCAAAACCCUCGAGGCGAACAUGACGAUGUCCAAUAUGGUGCCGCCCGGCCGGGUGCUCUGGGCGAUGCGCGACAACGAUUUCUCGCCGAAGCACCGGCAGACGGGCAAGGCGGACAAGCUAAGGCUGUUCGAGGUGCUGGAUGUGGAGAAGGUGUUUGGCCAGAUUGUGUUUGCGAAGGACAUGCUCAGUGCACAUCUUCCGCACCAGUAUGACCGGGCGUUGCAUGAGUUGCUGUAGUUUUGCUUGGUGUGCUAUUUGAGAAGUGACGAUUGUGGUUCCAUAUAUUUCGUAAUGUGAAUACGUCGAGCAAGGGACUAUAAGAUACGCU